CAAAAACGAAAGGCCCCAGCUUCGUGCUAGUCAACGCUCUGCUCCUCCUCCAUCCGAGCCAUUCCCCCCGGUCCCAACUCCGAAGAGCCGCAGGGGAAAUGGCCGCCCUCUUCUCCGCCCUCCUCCUCGCCGCUCUCCUCGCGGCCGCCCAAUACGUGCUCCGCCUGCUCCACUCCUUCCUCUGGGUCCCGCUCCGCCUGGAGCGCCGCUUCCGGCGGCAGGGCAUCAGGUGGCCACCGCGCAGCCUGCUCUCCGGCAACGCGGCCGACUACCGCAACCUUAUGGCCGCCGCCAGGUCCGCUCCCCUCGCCUCCUUCCGCCACGACGGCGUCGUCUCCCGCGCCACGCCGCAGUACAGCGUCUGGCCGGCGCGGUACGGCCGGCCGUUCGUGUACUGGUUCGGGCCCCGCCCGCGGCUGGUGAUCUCCGACCCGGAGCUCGUGAAGGCCGCUUUAACCGACUCCACGGGGGCCUUUGAUAAGGCGGGCUCCGGUGGCAACAACCCGCUCGCCAGGCAGCUCAUCGGCGAGGGCCUCGUGGGGCUCUCCGGGGAGACGUGGGCACGACACCGCCGCGUGAUUGCACCGGCGUUCAACAUGGAGAGGGUGAAGGCUUGGAUACCAGAAAUAGCAGCUACCAUCUCAUCUGUGCUGGGCAAAUGGGAGGCUCAAGGUGAAAGCCGAACUGAGUUUGAGAUCGAUGUCCAUAAAGGAUUCCACACUUUGAGUGCAGAUGUCAUUUCCUGUGUGGCAUUUGGAAGUAGCUACGAGGAGGGAAAACGAAUUUUUCAAUUGCAAGAGGAACAGAUGAAACUUGCUCUUCUUGCAAUGAGGACUGUUUAUGUUCCUGGCUUCAGGUUUGUACCAACGAAAAAGAACAGAACAAGGCAGAAGUUAAACACAGAAAUCCAAUGUUCCUUGCGCAAAUUGAUUGAAAUCAAUGGUAGGAAGUGUGAGGAUUCCAAAAAUUUGCUUGGGUUAAUGCUGUCAGCUAGCAAAGCAGGGAGCGAAUUUAAAAUGGGAAUCGACGAGAUAAUUCAUGAGUGCAAGACAUUUUACUUUGCUGGGAAGGAAACAACCGCUAACUUGUUGACAUGGGCAGCACUUCUUCUUGCAUUGCAUCAAGAGUGGCAAGAUAAGGCCCGUGAAGAAGUACUUAAAGUGUGUGGAAAGUAUGAGCACCCUAAUGCAGAUAACCUGAGCAAUCUCAAAAUUAUAACUAUGGUGUUAAAAGAAACCCUCAGGCUGUAUCCUCCAGCUGUCUUCAUCAAUAGGACUGCCACUAAGGAUAUCAAGCUUGGUAAACUAGACAUCCCGGGUGGCACACGAUUUGACUUCCCUAUUAUCGACAUUCACCAUGACCAUGAUGUUUGGGGCAACGAUGCAGACGAGUUUAAUCCAUUAAGGUUUGCAGAUGGCAAGAGCUAUCAUCUUGGUGCUUACUUGCCCUUUGGGAUCGGUCCUACAAUCUGCGUUGGCCAAAAUCUUGCAAUGGUUGAGGCCAAGGUGGCACUUGCAAUGACCCUUCAACGGUUUGCGUUUACCGUCUCGCCAUCCUAUGUUCAUGCACCAAUGAUGUUGUUCACCCUCCAACCCCAGUAUGGUGCUCAAGUUCUUGUCCAGAAGAUGUGAGCCUUCUUUUUGAUAUAGCUAAUACGGGCAUAAGGCUCCGGUAUCUUUGUGAGCAGCCUGAAGGUGCCAUGAGCCCUCUACUUGUUUCAAUCCAGUUCUUGAAAGACUCUUAUAGAAAAUAGACUUGUUCUGUACAGUAAUAAUUUGCUAAAGGCUACAAACACUUGAUACUAAAAGAGCGUUUGUAUCGUACAAAGACCGUCUAUAAUCUGCAUGAAUGUACCACAAAUAGGAUUCUGUAACUUGAGAACUCCUUACAAUGUUCUCUUUUUGAAAGAGGAUUGUGUGCUUGGGUUUGUUGAAA